AUGAGGAAGGGGCUCACGCAGUGCGGCAUCCCGUAUCUGGGGCGGGGGGUGUCUCAGCUCAGGGGGGGGAGCAAAAGGGGGAGAGGCUGGCAGCCCCAAGUCUGUCCAAGAGCUUUCCUCGUUGUUUUCCCCUCUGCUUUGCGUGCAGGUCUGGCUUUCCCAGACUGGGCCUACAAGGCUGAAUCCAGCCCAGGCUCCCGCCAGAUCCAGCUCUGGCACUUCAUCCUGGAGCUGCUGCAGAAGGAGGAGUUCCGGCACGUCAUCGCCUGGCAGCAGGGGGAGUACGGGGAGUUUGUCAUCAAGGACCCCGACGAGGUGGCGCGGCUGUGGGGCCGGAGGAAGUGCAAGCCCCAGAUGAACUACGACAAGCUCAGCCGGGCCCUCAGGUAUUACUACAACAAGCACAUCCUCCACAAGACGAAAGGCAAGAGGUUCACCUACAGGUUCAACUUCAGCAAGCUGAUCUUCAUCAACUACCCGCUGUGGGGCGUCCAGCCUCCUUCUCGGCCGAUGUGGAUGGGGGCGGCCAGGAUGUACCGGCCUCGUGGCGGCGGGAGUCUCAGUGCGCAGACAGAGCUCUUACAGAAUAUGAUGUUUGGCCGAAGGACCUGCCCUGACCACCUGGCCUUCCACAGGUGCGCCCAUGACCUGACCCUUGACCUCGAGGACCCCAGGGAGAAGAUGGGAGCGGUGGCCACCAGCCCUUGUCUUGGGUCCAUCUCAACUUCUUGCAUCUUCAACUCCUGUUGCUGCUUCCGAGCCCAAGAGAAAUGCCGCCCUCUGGCCGCGUUCCCCACACCCCUCCCUCACCCAGGAUUUGCCCCUCACCCUGGCCGGCAGCUCUGUCCAGGGCUACCCCAGCAGUACCCCCUCUCCAAUCCGCCUUGCUUUGCUGCUGCCAGUAGCCACUUUUUCCACCUGGGAGGCCAACCUGCCGUGCCCUCGGAAGAGAGAGCGCUGUUCCCAAGCCAGCUGGCCAACCCCAAAGCACAACACCUCCUGAGGGCCAUGGACUCUCCCGCGAGGAAGGCGGGAGGAGGAGCUUUUCCUGGGCUGGAGUUCCUGCCUGACUCUCCCCUGUCAUCUUGGGAAGAAGAAGAGACACAGCAGGAAGUUCGUCAUGGCGCUCGUCUCCUUGGCGAGGCCUGCCUUGGGGUCAAGGCUGAGCUGGCACUGGUGGAGGCCAGGUCCUGCGGCAAACUGCUUGUGGGUCCCCGUGUGGCAGGGAAAGGUCUGCAUGGCUCCUCACAACUCAGCAACUUCCAGCCAGCAGCUGUCCCAAACACUGUUGGCCCUGGUUUUAGGCCAGUGGCUGGUGGGAAACCUGACUGGGCGAUGCCCUCGCCUCAAGUUUGAGCAAAGGUCUUCCUUUCUCUUUCUUUCUUUGUGGAAGAACCUCCACCUUCCUGCCAACACAGCUGAACUGCUGCUUCUCCGCUCCAAAUCAGUCAUAGCUUCAGGUCUCGUUUCCUUGCAAAGUCAGCAGCGCAGAAUUUCCUGAUCCCCAAACCAAAGAGAAGCCGCUUGCCUGGGCAGACUUGUGUGAUGGAAUGACCACGUGGUGCAAAACAGGACUCUGGGAUGCAGUUCUGCCCAGCGAACCGAAGUCUGAAAGCUCCCAGAAAUAAGCCAAGGAUGUUUGCAUAUAGACCAGCCAAAGUUCACUCCUCCUUGCUAAAAGCUGCCUGUAUCUAUGCGUGCAUGUUUAAUAAAGAAUACCUGAGAACACUCCUGAUCCGGUUGAUGGCCUGGUUCUGGGGU